UCUCAGUGGAAAACACAACUCCAUGUUCCAGACGGGAGGACUGAGGCUCUCAGUACGGUUGGACACACGCAUGCAUAAGGUCACACUGGGGAAGUCACAGCCCAACCGGGGCUGUGGAUGCAGCCCUUGGUAAAGUGUUUUCACAGCUCUAUCGGUGCCCUGGGUUUGUCCCCAGCACUACAUUAGCAUGCUGUUGUGCACACCUGUCAUCUCAGCACUGCGGAGGUAGAGGCAGGACCACCAGGAAGACAAGAUCGUCUUUAGCCAUGUAGCAAAUUGGACACCAACCUGGAUGACAUUCUCACAACUCGACACAUAAAAGGGUCAGGGACAAUAUGUCAGUCAAUAAAGUGCAUGAGGACCCUAGUUCAAAUCCCCCAACACUUGUGUAAAAGCAAGUGGCCGUAUCAACAACGUAAGGAAGUAGCCAGCACUGGGGUAAAGGGGUGAAGAAACAUUCUGCAGAGCCAGCAAGCUCCAGGUUCAGGUAGAAGCAUGCCUUUAAUCGAUACACAGGCAUGUUCAGGUAGAAGUAGUGUUGCAUGCCUUUCAUCGAUACACAGUGAACUCCAAGUUGUUUCAAACAAACAGAUAAAAGGCAGAGAGUGAGGAAGACACCAAAUGUUGACCUCUGAGCUACAUUCACUUGAACACUCACACAAAGGUGCACAUACCACACACACACAGAGUACAGCAUAACCAAAUGGGGCAUGUUAGGCACCCAAUGAAUUCCACAGACUGCUGUUACUGGGAUCCACAGUCUAGCCUGAGACUGGAAGUGAAGAUUCUGACCCAAGGUCAUACCUGAGCACAGCUGAGUUAGGGACUGGGCUCCAGUCUAAUGGGGCUCACUUUUCAGGGCAACUGAAACAUGGAGUGCAAACUGAGGCCUGUGAGACUCCUCUGCUGGCCAAGAUAGUCCUCACGGCUGGGAGGUCGCGAUAGGUCAGGGUCACUAUCACCAUGUUCCCAGCUCAGCGCUGCCCGCCCCACUCCCGGCGCGGUGAGCACGCGCUGCCUCUUUAAGGCCCCAAGUCCUCCUUCCCCUUGCAGGCAAACGCUGGGAUUGCACCGGCCCGCGGGACCGGCGGUCCAGAACGUUGUGCGCGUGCGCAGUUGGAAGCGCACUGGCGGCUCUGCGGGGGCCGCGGCAGGAUGGCGUGCGCUCCGGCGGCCCUCGGUCCCCACGCGCUCUGGGCCGUCGCCUGGGGACUCCUGCUGCUGGUCCCCGUGUCUGCCGGAGCGCAACGUGGCAGAAAGAAAGUCGUGCAUGUGCUGGAGGGCGAGUCCGGCUCCGUGGUGGUGCAGACGGCGCCCGGGCAGGUGGUGAGCCACCGUGGUGGCACCAUCGUCUUACCCUGCCGUUACCAUUACGAGGCGGCCGCUCACGACCACGACGGCGUCCGUCUCAAAUGGACGAAGGUGGUAGACCCUUUGGCCUUCACCGAUGUCUUCGUGGCUCUGGGUACCCAGCACAGAGCCUUUGGUCCCUACCGAGGGCGAGCCGAGCUGCAGAACGACGGGCCCGGGGACGCCUCCCUGGUCCUCCGAAAUGUCACCCUGCAGGACUAUGGACGCUACGAGUGUGAGGUCACCAAUGAGCUAGAGGAUGAUGCCGGCGUAGUCAAGCUGGACCUGGAAGGCGUGGUCUUCCCCUAUCACCCGCGUGGAGGCCGCUACAAGAUGACUUUCGUGGAAGCACAGCGAGCUUGUGCUGAACAGGAUGGUAUUCUGGCGUCCGCCGAGCAGCUGCACGAAGCCUGGCGCAAUGGCCUGGACUGGUGCAAUGCAGGAUGGCUGCGCGAUGGCUCCGUGCAGUAUCCAGUGAGCCAGGCCCGGGAACCCUGUGGCGGGGCCGGGAGCAGUGGGGCUGGUGAAGGCACGAAUGGGGGCGUGCGCAAUUAUGGAUAUCGCCAUAACGCUGAGGAACGCUAUGAUGCAUUCUGCUUCACGUCCAACCUCCCUGGCCGCGUGUUCUUCCUGAAGCCUCUACGGCCGGUGGCCUUGGCCGGGGCAGCUCGCGCUUGCGCGGCACGAGGUGCGACAGUGGCCAAGGUCGGGCAGCUGUUCGCCGCGUGGAAGCUGCAGCUUUUGGACCGCUGCACUGCCGGCUGGCUGGCCGAUGGCAGCGCGCGCUACCCCAUCGUGAAUCCGCGAACUCGCUGCGGGGGCCCCCGGCCGGGCGUACGGAGCCUCGGUUUUCCUGACGCCUCACGACGUCUCUUCGGCGUCUACUGCUACCGCGCUCCAGGUGCCCCAGACCCGGCUCCAGGAGGCUGGGGCUGGGGCUGGGAGGGCGGAGGAGGCUGGGCAGGAGGGUCAAGGGACCCGGCUGCCUGGACCCCGCUGCGUGUCUAGGACUGCGAGGACGGGCAUUUGGGGAUGCUGGUGGCUGAUCCAGGGGCCCUGCACACCCCAUGGAGACAGACUACAUACCAGAGAACCCUUGAACACGUCACACUCCCGUGGUGUGCUGACUCAACUCCCUGUGGUCUUAGGACUCUGACCACACCUCCUGAGGUCUCCUUGAUACGCGGCGACCCCUGCAGUGCCCUGCAGGCUGACACACCUGUUGAGGCCCUUGUUCGCUGACUGUGCGGCUCUCUGAGACACCCUGAUAGUGGCCAAGCCCACUUUUCUGGAUAGUGGAUGUCUGGAAGAGCCUCGCUCCCCGCCCCCAACCUGAGGAUCUCAGUAGACCAACAGGACCCCAUGGUUUCCUAAAAACCUUUCUGUGGCCUCCUGGAAAACAGUCCCUGUCAGUCACCUGGAGGCUGGACCCCCAGGAUUAACUGGAGACUGGCCACACAAACCCUCUGCCUUUCCUGGGAGCUGGAAAACUGGUUUUAGACAGUCGACUGUCCACUGACUUUUUCUCAUUACUUAGUGAAGAAACAGAAAACUAUGAGUCAAAAGGUGGCCACGCCCUGUUCCAGCGGGUGGCGCAGAGGCUGGGUAUUCCCGCGUUUCCAGAGAGUCUAUUUAACUUUCUAAGGCAACAUGCCUAGUCCUCAGUCACUAUGGAAGAGAGUCCCAACACUCUGGCUUCAUGGGAGAAUGUCCCCAGCUGGCUCCCAGGAACAGUGACCAUGCCUACCCCUCAGGUAUGUCUCUGGCCAGAGAUUAGACUUGCCUGAAUGUCCCUUUGCAGGGCUCCUUGGAGCUGUCACCAAAGACAUCAUUUCCUCAAACCUGAAACCCCUGAAAAUCUCACUUGCUAUAGAGACAUGCUGCAAUGCUUCUUAAGAUGAGAAAAGUCACUAAUACAUCUUUACCUGUCCUCUCACCCCUUACACCGAGUUCCACACUUUUCCUUUCUUACUGGUCUAGAGCCCAGACACCUACCACUCCAUUUCCAGAUGUCCCCAUCCUGAUGGACUGCUAUGGAGACUGUUUUCCCCUCUAAGUCCUCAGGGUGACCCAGCAUUCAUUUCUCUAGUCCUCUCCAUGGAAACAAGCUGCCCCAUUCCCAAGGUGCACCUCCCUCUCUUCUCAGCCAUCCAAGACCCUCCUGGAGACAGCUUGAACCUCACAGCUGUUGCCAUGGAGACCAAACUCUGGUGUCCAAGAUAACAGAACACCUGUCCCUCCAAGGUUUCCCUCCAGGAUUCUGUCCUGUUCAGCUGUUGCCAUAGAGACCGUCAAUGUCUCCAUGACAGCCCAUCUGCAGCUCUUAGGAACUUCGAGCCAAGGGCAGAGUUCUGAUUGGAGCUGCCUGCUGCGUUCCUCAGGGCCUGACAAAUGUCCCUUUUUCAGAUGGGCCCAGGCAGGGCUGUGCUUCUGGAGCAGCUGCCUACCACAGUUCAUUUGCAUGUUAACUCUACAGGAGGCAGCAGCUAAGCACAAGCCACUACUGAAACCCCUCACAUUUUAAAUUAUCACCCUGUAGGCGAGAAAAGAGACUGUAGCAUAGGGUCAGAGCUCUCCUUCCCUGGAGAUCAAGGAGGGUGGAAUGUUCCUGAAAACACCAAUUCAGUUUCUGAGGAAACAUGUGUGUUCAAGGGUCAGGAUCAACAUCCAAAGACUGUAUAGUCAGAGCCAUCCCAGAUGCAGGAGUUCCCAGCUCUGAGGUGCUGCUUGGAGCAGCAAGUGCCCUUGUCAGCACCCUCCAGCCUGCCCCAUUCUGCAAAACCCACCUUUGAGUCUGGAAGCUGGAUGGCUGUGGGCUCAAGCCACUCAUUUUGUUGUAAAAUGUUUGACCAAGUGACAGAACUUGACCAGGCUCUUUCUUCUCUGGACCAGGAUUGCUCGGGGGUCACACAGAGCAGCCUGCAGCCCCAUGUUCAAUAAAUCUUUGUUCCUUUUGAUGACUGAGAAACAUA